AUGUCUAUCUGGCUUCCUCAGGCAUCUCGCAAUGCUCAGCGUGUUGCGAGAUGGCCUAGUGCUCGAACAAGCAAAUUUUGGGCUGUCACUGCUGGCGAGGUGAACGCAUAUAGACUAGUAUCCGCUCCGUUUAAUCCAGGAAGGAAUUAUCAUUAUUAUUCGACCAUACAUUAUACUCUCCCUCAUCCCUCCGUCCGUCCUCAAACGCGCCGGUCGUACGCGACAUCUACACCCCCAAACGACGCACCGUCGUCAGCAUCCAACGUCGAGUCGGCCUCGAAAUCGUCAAAUGUGCCUGUGGAGAAACAAGAGCCUUGGAGGACACGCAUAUGGGCAAAAGUAAAGCACGAAGCGGCACAUUACUGGCACGGUUCCAAGCUGCUCGUCUCAGAAAUUCGUGUAUCGUUACGACUCGUGUUUGCUCUUCUGCAAGGCAAGACAUUGACACGUCGUGAAAAGCGUCAGCUGCGAAGAACCACUACAGACCUGUUACGGCUCAUACCGUUCUCUGUCUUUGUUAUCGUGCCGUUCAUGGAGCUGCUCCUCCCAGUGGCCAUCAAGCUCUUCCCCAAUAUGCUGCCUUCAACAUUUGAAGACAAGUUUGCAGCAGAAGAGAAACAACGGAAACUCUUGCGAGUGCGACUGGAGAUGGCAAAGUUCCUACAGGAGACUCUACGAGAGACAGGACUUAAGGGAGAUGAAAAGAUCGUCGCAUCUGAGGAGUUUAAAGAAUUCUUCCGCAAAGUCCGCUCAACUGGAGAAACCCCUUCUCCUGAGGAUAUCCUAAAGGUCGCCAAGCUCUUUUCCGACGACCUCACCCUGGACAACUUGUCUCGACCGCAGCUGACCAGCAUUUGUCGAUACUUGGGUCUGAACGCAUUUGGUACCGACAAUUUCCUGAAGGGAACUAUUCGCAGACGUCUAGAGUACAUCAAGCGAGACGACGAGCUCAUCGCAAACGAAGGACUCGACAACCUUUCGACAGCAGAGCUUGUGCAAGUAUCUCAAUCACGAGCACUGAAGACGAUUGGUGUGUCCCCUGCGCGAUUGCGUGAGCAGAUGGAAACAUGGAUUCAACUCCACUAUCGUGAAGGCGUCUCUGGCGUGCUUCUCAUGCUCAGUCGCGCAUACGGUCUUGAUCGUGAUUUGGGCGGCAAAGGAACUAGCCCGGAUGCAGAAAUCUGGCGUAGUCUUGAAGCCGUAUUAAGUGGUUUGCCUGACAACUUGCUCAACGAAGCCGAGCUCGAGAUGGAAUCGGAUACCGCGUCUUACAAGAAGAAGCUCGAGGUGCUCAAGGAGCAAGAAGAACUCAUCGAAGACGAAAAGGAGCAAGAAAUGAAGGAAGAGGAGGCUCGCCGAAAGAAACGAAUCGCAGAGGAAAGGGCCAAGCAAGAAGCUGAAGCUCGUUUGGCCGAAUCACUCUUGCCAGAUUCCGAGCUUCAAACUACUCCAGAGCCACAAGAAGCCGAAAAGGUCAAGGACGCACGCAUGACGGUUGAACAGCUUGGAGAACUCGGCGAGGCUCUUAUGGUUGUCAGCGCAAGGUCCAGUUGUUUGAAGGAACGAAAGGAACUCAGGGCCGUUAUGGAAGAGAAUCUGUCGACUGGAGAGGAUCCCGCGGCUCCACAGAAUCCUCUCGCCAAGAAGAUUCGCAACAUGUUAACCAAGAUCGACAAGCAACUGUCUGCUUACGAUGAGAAGGUUGGAUCGUCUCUGCAGCUAAUUCAGCUGGAUCCACAUGGACGGAUUUCCGUCCAGGAUCUCGAACAAGCACUCAAGGUUAUCAAGCAUGCUCCAGAACCAGAAAUUGUACAAGGUAUCGUCAAGAAGCUGGACGUCGACAAUGAUGGCUUUGUCGUGCUUGAGCAUGUCAUGGACCUCAUUGGCGAGGAGGGUCUCGGAGUGGUGCUGGAUGCCGAUGCUCAGGAUCUGCUCGGCCAAGGACGAGAGAUUAUCAACUCCAAGGCUGCUGCAAAGCCGAGAAAGGAGGACAUCGUGCAGGGAUAG